AUGAAUCGAUUAGUCCGUACUCAUUCAGUCCCAUGGGGCUGCCUAGUUCGACGAUGGAUGGCCCAUCAAUCCGGAGGCGGGUCCGGGACCCCGCCAGUCGGCCAGACCUCGGUCUUUGUGCAAACGGGACUCAAGAUUCGCGAACUGCCCUUGGUGGUCACUAAGGUGCACAAUGUGUUACAAAUUGCGGGCAUGGACCCGUUUCGACAUGACCUGGAAACGCCCACGCCCUACUUUCGGGCCUCGGAUCAAAGCCAGAUUACGGCGGAGACCCGCGAAAUUAUGGCCGGCUUCGAUCGGUGUCCCUCGACUUCGGCCAUCUUCACCUUACUUGAAACCAUCCCGCUCGAUGAGGUCACGCCCGAUGUGGCGGUCCACGCUCUUCAACGCGUGAUUGACCUGGAGAAUCCAGGCCCUGCGGGCGUUCCACCCCUAGCAUGUCAUCGACAAACGCUGGCCGGGAAUAACCGCACUUCUCUGGACGAUUCGCUCAAACCCUUCCAAAGGAUUGCCUUCAUCAACAUGUUGCUGGAUAUCGUGUACCGUUCGCGGGACCCUCGGGUCAUCUUGGCUGGGUUGAAAAUUGUGAGUCAAGACCAAUUGCCGGAUGAGGCUACGGCUUACAAAGAGCGCAUGUGUCAGGAGACCUUGGCCUGCGUAGGUGAGGGUGUGUUCACUUUGCGGCAAGUGUGCGAUGCCAUUCAGGUCAUGGGUCACUUCUAUCCGGACAAAAAGCGGUGCUUUGAAUUGGCUGACAAGUUUUGGUCGCCACUCAUGGACCAAAUGGACCCGAUGACAGUCCGGGAGAUCAGUGCCGUGUUUGCCACCUUGCCUUUUCUCAAACAAAGCCGGAGUUUGAUCUUGACGAUUCUGGAGAACAAGAUUGUCGUCUUCUGGCAAGAGCUCCAAACACGAGACAUUCUGGAGAUCCUCCGGGUGCUGACUAAACUGAAAGUGUGUAGUGAUAAGGUCCUCCGUGUCGUGUCUCAAUGGUUGACCGUUAAUAUCCACUCUUUGAGCGAGGAGGAGGUGUUGGCCAUUAUUUAUUGCUUUCAAAACUUGGAGUACAUCGAUUCCCGGAUCAUUUCCACUAUGGAAAAGUAUAUUAAGAUCCGGGGUUGCCACAUUAAGGAGAAAGACCUGAUGGCCACCUUUUGCGAAUAUUGCUUAGAUUUCCGCGUGCGAUCGCCGGUCAUUCUCGAAGGCGUGGGCGAGUACUUCAUCGCUCAUGGUAAAACGCUCACCACGCCCCAAUUGUACUCGAUGACCCGGAUCUUUGGUCAGCUGAACUACUGCCCACCCAACGGGUUCAAGUUUUGGCAGAUUGUGGAGGAGAUGGUGGAUCAGAAGUUUGGCGAAUUUCCUCCCAAAGAGAUCCUUGGCCUGCUACUCUCCUUCAUCAUGAUCGAAAGGUAUCCGUUGAACUUUGUACGCAAGAUCUUCAACCCCUAUUUUCUAGACCGUCUGGACAAUCAGGCCCCAGAAGAUGUGAUUGACUCUCGUUUUGAAUUGAAACUCUUUGAUAACUGUUUCCAACUUGAGGUCGAUUCCUAUAGCGGGCCCUUCUUGCCCAAAAUGAACAAGUACGUCUCAUUGGGGCGCCCCAAGAACAUGAAACACAUCCGCUUGUGCGCGGACGUGUUCGGUAAUAUACUGAACGACCUAAACCGGGUUCAGACCUCGGUGACUCUGUCAGCGCUUCCUCUUCAUCCUUUUUACGUGAUGGACCUCAUGAUUUACCCAACACGAGCCUCGGCCUUUCUAAGGUUUGGAGCUGCCACCGAAAAUAGUGGCGUCGUGGUCGGUCUUAUUCGGAAUGCUGAAGAUUUCGACCGACAUGGAAAACGAUUGUUGGGUCCCAAGGCUCUUCAACUUCGUCUUCUUAAGACGCUUGGAUUUAAAGUCAUGGAGAUCAAUUCAAACACCAUCAACCGACUCAAGGUGUACCCGAACAAGUUGGAGUCCUAUCUGUCCCAGUUAUAUCACCAAGCUUUGUCCCCAUAAAAGCCAAGUAAUCUCUCUUAGAUUUGAAGAAACCAAUCAAUACGAUCCCCCUCCAGUUUCAA